GUGGGACGCAGGCUAAUCUCACCCCUCCCGUACAUCUCCCUGUCCUUAGGAAACACUCAUGACAGGGCGGAAUUAAACCAGGAGGACACCCGGCGAUCCCCGCAGGCCUGAUCGCAGAUAGCGGCUCCCCUCCCUCCCCCCACUCCGGGCUGGUCGCCAUGGAGAGCUCAUCGGUGGCGUCAGCGUCCUCCGAGGCGGGAAGCACGCGCUCGCAGGAGAUCGAGGAGCUGGAGCGAUUCAUCGACAGUUACGUGCUGGAGUAUCAGGUGCAGGGGUUACUGAGUGACAAAAACGAAACUGGCCAGGAUGUGGACAAAACACCGUCCCACACCUCACAGUGGACAGAAGACUGCUGUGAGAAGAUUGAUGGGAGCUGGACGUCCUCUCGGGGAAGAGGCUCGUCCAAACCAGACGAGUGGGAGCACAGCAGUAAUGAUAGCACGGGUUCCAGACCCAGUUCCGGUUCUCGACCCGGUUCUGGUUCCAGAUCAGGCAGCAGAGGACGAAACAACCAGUUCAGAGCUCCAGCUAAAAAUGGAAACAGAGACGGUUCUUUCGACAUCCUGGGGACGGACAUUUGGGCUGCGAACUUGGACUGCCACGGGGGUGCUACGUGGGACAUGCAGCCGGAGAAACUGGAUUUCUCUCAGUUUCACAGGAGGGCGUAUCGAGGCACCCCGAAACACCUGCCGCACAUCGACCGAGAGGGGAUGAUAAAGGGCAAGUUUGAUGACGCUGGUGAUGGUAUUGAUCUGGACAACAUGGACAAAUUCCUGCCCAGCCUGCCGGUCUUUCCUCCCCUGCCUAAUGACGCUGAGAUCGCACACACUAAAAAGAUGUUCCGUCGACGGAGAAAUAAUCGCCGAUCGCAAAAGCAUCCGCCUGGAGGAGGAGCUGGCGGGAAAUGUCAGAAUCCACUGCAGGGACCGCAGCAGCAACAGCCAACCAAUCUGACGCAACUGCCCAACGUAGAGCACCAAUCAGGUGUUGGGACGAAGCACGGAGGGCGAGGUUACCAGGGGCAGCAGAGCCAGGGCUGUCGGCAGGGUGGUCCGCAUCACGGCUACAGUCAGAACCGCCGCUGGCAUCAACAACCGAAACACCAGACGAACAGUUCAUCUCAAGGGGCCGACAGGGCACGCAAUACCAAAGAGACCGAUAAUGUAAAACUGGAGGUGCUCGAACCGCAGACAGAAAGAGGAGUGAAGGAUGAGCCAGUGAAAGAGAAAAAGAAUGAAGAGAAAGAGAAGACGGAGGGAGGGAAGAUUUGCUUACUGCAGUCGUCAAAAGAGAGACUGAGGAGGAGACUCAAAGAGAAGGAGGAGGUUGCCGUGGCGACAGCCGGACCUCAGCUGAACCGAAUGGACAGAUUAUUAGAAAUCUUGAACAGCAUGAGGAGUAACAGCAGCGGUGUAGAGGCGCAGCUCACCACCUUCAUGGAGGAGAUGCAGAACUCCGCAGACUCCGAGAGGACGCUCAGUGAGAUCGUACACACAAUUUAUCGUAAAGCAGUCAGCAACCGAAGCUUUGCGGCCACCGCUGCCAAACUCUGUGACAAGAUGUCGCUGUUCAUGGUGGAAGGCACCAAAUUCCGUUCUCUCUUACUCAACAUGUUGCAGAGGGAUUUCACGCGUCGUGAGGAGCUACAGCAGACAGAUGUGGAGUGCUGGUUGGGUUUCAUCACAUUUCUCUGUGAGGUCUUUGGCACCAUGAGGAGCAGCGCUGGAGAGCCCUUCAGAGUGCUGGUGUGCCCCAUAUACUCCUGUUUAAGAGAGCUCCUGGAGUCCCCUGAGGUGAAGGAGGACGCUGUUCUCUGCUGUUCUAUGGAGCUCCAGAGUACUGGCCGUCUCUUGGAGGAGCAGCUUCCUGAGAUGAUGACGGAGCUUCUGGCCGCCGUUCGGGAUAAGAUGUUGUGUCCGUCCGAGUCCAAGCUGACCCGUUCGCUGCUGAUGGAGGUCAUCGAGCUCCACGCGCACCACUGGAGCCCCCUCGAGGCGCUGACCACCGCUUACUACAACAGAACCAUCCAGAAGCUUACCGCAUGACGCUUCCGCAACGCAACAAAAACCACUGGAGGUCCUGACCCCCUGCGUACAACUACGCAACCAUCUAGAAACUCCUCGAGAGACACAAUUAAACUCAAACAAUCCGCUAGGAGCCGAAAACGCAGUAUGACAUCUCAACCAUCCAAAAAGUCAUUAAGACGUGCACAAACACCCCUAGAGGACAUAAAUAGUACUGCAACAAUAAAAUACACACACACACACACACACACACACACACAACAAGAUGAGAGAACCAUGGAUGGAUGGAUCGGGGGUGUGGACGAGAGGGGCAUUAUGGGAUGGGGGUAGACCCGGGGUCAAAGGUCAGAGGGUGAAAUAUGCAGAUUGAAAUGAAUAUGUAUAUGCUUUCACAUCACACCUGCAUAUUCAUGAGCUAACCCAGACACACAGACGCAAAACCAGACAGUCAUUACACACAAACACACGUGCGCAGACAGUCGGUGUCUUAUUAAGGUGCGGCGUCUGUACUCCAGACAAGCAUCAGCGAAGCGUCUCGGUCAUUUAUAGGUGCAUCUCCCGAAAACAUCGUCUGGUUCAUAUUUCACCCCGCCCCAAAAAAUGAAAUACAAAUUUUUUUUUUGGCAUAAAUACGUAUAAAAAGUGAGAUAUUGUGACGAUAUUUUUCAUGAUAAUAAAGCACAUUUUUUGCACCAAAUUCUCAAUACUGUUAUACAUUCGGAUAUUUUUGACAUUUUUAUUAUUAUCAUUAUUGGUGAUUCUCAAAAUAGUCUUAUGAAAAAUACUUAAAAACAAUAUUUUUAAACUUAUCAAUCAGCAUAAAUACAAUGCACCAAACACAUCCAUGAUAUAUAAAUAAUAUAUGUAAUCAUAUUAAUUGAAUUAUAUAUAUAUUCAUUUAUUUAUUAAAUUAUUACUGUAAUGAGAAUUAGGGGUGAAAAUGUCUUUUAUGCCAUGAAAUAGUGCAAAAUGUCACAGUGCAAAAUCUCUUCAUUGUCCUAAAACAGGGUACAUUUACUUUAUGCAAAAUAUAAGUUCUUCUUUUUUGGGGGAUUUGGGGUGUAAAGUUCCAGAAAUUCAUUUUAGACCACAGACAGAAUACAAAUAUUCAUGUUUGUGUGUGCACAAUGUGGAGGAGAUCUUCUAUGAGACUGUGCUCCAUCCAAAAAUCCACCUACCCACCCCCUGACCCCCCCACCCGGGUGUCAGGAGCGCGCCGUCGCCCAUCAGGGGUGUGCAGCUGUGGUCACGCUGACUCUUCAGGAGCAAGACUUUCUAUUGUCAUACAAACACACACGGCAGAUGGGUGUGUGUGUGUGUGUGUGUGUGUGUGUGUGUGUGUGUGUGUGUGUGUGUGUGUGUGUGUGUGUGUGUGUGUGUGUGUGUGUGUGUCUAAGCGUCAGUCAGAUCUCUUGAGUUCCUGAUCCGUCACAGAGCAUGGCCACUACUGGUCCCUCGUCCUCGUUUAUAAUGUGUUCUAAUGUCUUAGUAUGUUGCAUUAAUGUUGUUGUUGUUGUUAUUAUUAUUUUUCUCUUGAAGUUGCAUUUUGUUUACAAUGAACGUAUAAAUGUACGUUAUAGGCCUCGUUAAGCACGACCAGAAUGAAACGUUUUUGUAAAUUGACACGUUCAAUUCAGUGCGACAGUUUACGCUAGAAUGGUUUUACGAACAAUUCGCGAAGAAAUUAUUUCCGUUUGUAUUUCACGAACGAGCACAACUAAUUUCGAUGUUAAAGGUGGGGUAAAUCAUUUCACGGUCCGCUAGAUGUCCGUUCGGGUGUUUGUACACUGCAUUGGCUCUGUAAAUGCGAAAAUAUACACCGAUCCACACAACACUAUUGCGCGUGCAUGAAUUUGUGGGCGGAGCUUCUAAAGGAGCACUGAAGGAAGGGGUGUGUUUGUUUGGCAGUUGAGUCUUUCUCAGGAAUCACUUACUCCAACUUUAACAGUUCGUAAAAACAUUCUUGCAUAAAUCCGCGCGUUCAACACAACAGUGGUUUUCCAAACGAUUUGCACAUAUAUUCAUUCUUCUUGUGUUUCGCGAAUGAGCAAAACAAAACUUUCGUUGGUAAUGCGUCAUAAAAGCAUUAUUGUGUACAUUUUAAUAUUGAAUUGAAUGCAAAAGUGUGCAUAUGUUAAACGAACAAUUCACAUUGAAAUUCUGGGUAUCUCAGCGAGUAUUGACGCUGUCUAUCACAACUGGAUUCGCGAGUUUUAAUCCAGGGUGUGCUGAGUGACUCCAGCCUGGCCUCCUUAGCAACCAAAUUGGCCCGGUUGCUAGGGAGGGUAGAGUCACAUGGGGUAACCUCCUCGUGGUCGCUAUAACGUGGUUCUCGCUCUCGGUGAGACACGUGGCGAGUUGUGCGAGGAUGUCGCGGAGAAUAACGUGAAGCCUCCACACGCUCUACGUCUCCACGGUAACGCUCAACAAGCCACGUGAUAAGAUGCGCGGGUUGCUAGGGAGGGUAGAGUCACAUGGGGUAACCUCGUCGUGGUCACUAUAAUGUGGUUCAUUCUCGGUGGGGCGCGUGGUGAGUUGAGCGUGGAUGGCGUGAAGCCUCCACACGCGCUAUGUCUCCAUGGCAACGUGCUCAACAAGCAACGUGAUAAGAUGCACGGAUUGCUAGGGAGGGUAGAGUCACAUGGGGUAACCUCCUCGUGGUCACUAUAAUGUGGUUCAUUCUCGGUGGGGUGCGCGGUGAGUUGUGCGAGGAUGUCGCGGAGAAUAACGUGAAGCCUCCACACGCGCAACGUCUCCACGGUAACGCGCUCAACAAGCCACGUGAUAAGAUGCGCGGGUUGCUAGGGAGGGUAGAGUCACAUGGGGUAACCUCCUCGUGGUUGCUAUAAUGUGGUUCAUUCUCGGUGGGGUGCGCGGUGAGUUGUGCGAGGAUGUCGCGGAGAUUAAAGUGAAGCCUCCACACGCGCUACGUCUCCACGGUAACGCGCUCAACAAGCCACGUGAUAAGAUGCGCGGGUUGCUAGGGAGGGUAGAGUCACAUGGGGUAACCUCCUCGUGGUCGCUAUAAUGUGGUUCAUUCUCGGUGGGGUGCGCGGUGAGUUGUGCGAGGAUGUCGCGGAGAAUAACGUGAAGCCUCCACACGCGCAACGUCUCCACGGUAACGCGCUCAACAAGCCACGUGAUAAGAUGCGCGGGUUGCUAGGGAGGGUAGAGUCACAUGGGGUAACCUCCUCGUGGUCGCUAUAAUGUGGUUCAUUCUCGGUGGGGUGCGCGGUGAGUUGUGCGAGGAUGUUGCGGAGAAUAACGUGAAGCCUCCACACGCGCUACGUCUCCACGGUAACGCACUCAACAAGCCACGUGAUAAGAUGCACGGGUUGCUAGGGAGGGUAGAGUCACAUGGGGCAACCUCCUCGUGGUCGCUAUAAUGUGGUUCAUUCUCGGUGGGGUGCGCGGUGAGUUGUGCGAGGAUGUCGCGGAGAAUAACAUGAAGCCUCCACACGCGCUACGUCUCCACGGUAACGCGCUCAACAAGCCAUGUGAUAAGAUGCGCGGGUUGCUAGGGAGGGUAGAGUCACAUGGGGUAACCUCCUCGUGGUCGCUAUAAUGUGGUUCAUUCUCGGUGGGGUGCGCGGUGAGUUGUGCGAGGAUGUCGCGGAGAAUAACGUGAAGCCUCCACACGCGCUACGUCUCCACGGUAACGCGCUCAACAAGCCACGUGAUAAGAUGCGCGGGUUGCUAAGGAGGGUAGAGUCACAUGGGGUAACCUCCUCGUGGUUGCUAUAAUGUGGUUCAUUCUCGGUGGGGCGUGUGGCGAGUUGUGCGAGGAUGUCGCGGAGAAUAACGUGAAGCCUCCACACACGCUAUAUCUCCGUGGUAACGCGCUCAACAAGCCGCGUGAUGAGAUGCGCGGGUUGACGGUCUCAGACGCGGAGGCAACCGAGAUUCGUCCUCAGCCACCGGGAUUGAGGCGAGUCCCCACGCCACCACGAGGACUUUGAGCGCAUUGGGAAUUGGGCGUUCCGAAAUUGGGGAAAAAAGUAACGCGUUCUGCUCGUGUUUUUAGCCGUAGAUCUGUUGCACAGGAUUCGUUUCGUUUUGCACUCUUAAGGCGAUCACUUUAAAAAAUGUAAUAAAAUAAAGAAUAGAAAAUGACAAGCUUGUAUGUAAGAAGCGACGUGAGUCGUGGAGGAUUUUGAAUGUUAGUCGAACGCUUUUUGCUAGGAUGAAAUUUAGAAUCAGGUUUUAAACAAAAAAUAGUGGCCUUUGAAACCCCCUGUGAGUUUUACCAUGUUGUAGUUUGAAAGCUGAACGCCUGUGCAGACAAUGAUCAUUUAGUUUUAUUUGCCCUGCAACUUCCUAAAUAGAUGUGAGAUAUCGAAAAUAAAAAAUAUGCAUGAAUUAAAAUGAAAUUGCAUAUCAGUGGAUACCAGGAACGCAGGCCAUUUUUCCAAGCUCUGUUUACUUUUAACACAUUUGUUUUGCUGAGGUUGAUGAUGAAAUCUUUUAACGGUCUUUAACAACAGUGUGCAUUAUAAUAUUGAGUCAUCCAGAUAUAAAUAAGCUACAUGUAAUCUCGUAAUGUUGUCUGUGGCCUCCAGCUUUAGUUAUUUAGUGGAGGAAACCCUCUCAUGCAGAACCUCUGAUCUUUGGGGUUUGGGGUUGCAUGUUUUCUGUCUUGCAUCAAGAAUCCAAGUGAAAAGGCAAAUGCACACUUUAAUGGGGAAUCUUUCCAAAACAAGUCAGGGUCCUAUUUCACCCCAAAAUCAACAUCGUAUUUUGCAUUAAUGAAGACUAUUAAAAGUGUUUGUACCAUCAAGAUUAAUUUUUUUUUUUUUUUGCAUUUUUAUGACAAUUACUUUAAUACAAAGAUUAUUUAUAUUUAUUUAUUAAAAUCAGCAUAAAUUUAAGGCAGUGCAAAAAAUAAUGUCAUGCUUUGCAAAAGUUUUUACAAUUAAAAAAAUAGAUAUAUUUACAUUUUCUUUUUUUUUUUUUUUUUUAUAUUAUUUUUUUUCGUGUUACUGUAUGGUAAUGGUACAAAAGUAUAUAUUUUAUAUCCGCAAUUAAAAACAAAUUUUCUUUUUUGAUUUUUGGGCUUAAAGUUAUCAAGCGAUUCACCCUUACAGAGUGAUUUCGCACACCGCCGUCGGUGUAGUGCGUUCCAGAUUCAUCUCUGUGAGUGUGCGUUUGUCUUUGCAACAUGAUUUAAUGUUUGUUUUUGUAUUUUAUUUGAUUUGCUCCUAGUUGUAGCUCUCCGCAUCCAUUUGCUCUCGUGCAUUGUCGGGGUUUGCGUUUGAUUUUUAGACUCUGUGACCUUUGACCCUUUUAGUGUUGCUACCCACUAGAAUAUGUGAAUGCAGAUCAGCUUAAUUUGCAUUUUAUGGACAUGCAAAGUAGAUGUGGCACUAUGUCAGCUGGCUGAACUGUAGAGUUGGGCUAAUUAAAGGAUGUCAUCUGAAUAUUUUAAUGCACCUGAAAAUAAACUGAGAAGGGGUG